AUGACGACGAUCCCGCGCAAGCGGGCGUGGCGGCGGAGCCGAGAACGGCGGAGGCAGAAGGAAAGGGCGGUACUCGAGACCUGCCGCGCGACGGAGAGAAAGGUGACGGCGGGGGGCGUGGCAGUGGCGCGCGCUCUCCAGAUCCGCGUCAGCAGCGUGACGAGGGACGUGGCGGCGGCGCGCGUUCGGACGGAGGACGCGGCGGCGAUCCACGGAUGUAUCGGGAGGGGGGGCGUGGCGGCGGUACGCGCUCGCCAGAUCGGCGGCAGAAUCGUGACGGGGAACGCGGUGGCGGCGCGCGCUCGCCAGAUCCACGUCUCCCGCACGAGGACGGGAGGCACGGAAGCAGCUACCGCUCGCCAGGACGGCAGCAGCUGCAGGAAGAAAGGCGCAGAGGCGGCUACCGCUCGCCAGAGCAACGGCGGCACCAGGACAGUGGACGCGGGGGAAGUGUGCGCUCACCAGAUCCGCGGAGGUAUCACAACUGGAGAAGCGGGGGGGAGCUGCACUUUCCAGGUCCUCGUUACCCUCGUGAUGAGAGACGCGGAGGCGACUACCGCUCGCCUGAUCUGCAACGGUAUCAUGGAGAGAGGUGGGGAAGCGAGACGCGCUCGCCCGACUGGCACAGGCAACAUGGAGAAAGCCGGGGAGGCGGAUACGGCUCGCAGCUUUGGCAACAGAGCAGGGAUGAGGGGCGCGGCGGAGGGUAUCACUCACCUGAUCGGUACUGGCAGCAUGACGGAAGACGCACCAGUGAGGGAGGACGGGAUCAACGCAACAGCAGAGAGGAAGGCAGCGGGCUGA